GAGGAAGAACUUGUAUUUCAAGAUUUCUCACCCAAAACGUGGUCAAAAGAUGAAAAAUCACAUAUUUGGAAUCAGCUCGUCGAACUCUAUCGAACGAUGUAUAUUUGAGUCGAAAAUGUUUUCUGUUCCUCUUUUGCAUUUCCGGCACCUUAAUGAAGCGCAUUAGUUUUUAUUUUCAGAAGACCAGUGGCCUUUCGUGCAUCUACAAUUGGCAUAUGGUUCAAUAUUUUAACAAUGUUAGCACACAUAGCAAUUAUUGCUAAUGCUUUUUUGAUCGCAUUUACAUCUGAAUUUCUACCAAGACUAUUAUAUAUGUAUACUGUCGAAUGGAGUAUGAAAGAUUAUACAAAAUUUACUUUGGCUGAUGCACCAUCUGGCACAUCAGAAAUAUCUUGCAAAUAUCGUGACUUUCGUGAUUCGAAUGGUAAUUUAACAGUAUUCUAUUGGAAAUUAUUAGCAUUACGAUUAUUUUUUGUCAUCUUAUUUGAACAUGUUGUCUUCGGCAUGUGUCGAAUCAUUGAUAUGCUAAUACCAGAUGUACCCAAAUCAUUAGAGAUUAAAAUUCGUCAUGAACGUUAUCUAGCUAAACGAGCAUUACAAGAUUCAAAUAAUUUCAGUCAGAUAAUUGCUGAAUAUGAAGAUGAACGAUCAAAAUCUACAUCUCGAACAGCAAGAUCGUCUAGACGUGAUCGAAAAAACUCCAACAAAAACAAUAUUAAAACGGUGUAA